ACGAACGCAACACAACCCAUACCACAACAAUCCCAGCUGAUUACACCAGGUUGAAGUGUUCGGCAGCUGCUAGUGAAACAUUACGUCGGUUCUGAAGUCAGCAGGUGUCAGGAUGAGCAGCACCGGAGCUAUUCCUAAGGGUGGAGUGAGGCCUAAGGAUGAUAGUGAAAUCUCAGGGGAACCAUUAGAUAAGAAAUUCAUCACAGAAAAUACCAAAGGCUUGGAGAAAAGAAUACCUGCAUUGCACAUAGGAUGGGUCGAGAAAGGGACGUAUAUCAAGUACGACCCCCCUCCGUUACCAGAUGACGAUGGAAUCUUGCCUCCAGGAGCUCGCGAGUCUUGGUUGGAGCAGAUGGAAUUCCUGGAGCAGGAUUUGCAGAAUCUCUUAAAUCUCCCACAUCAUAGAUUUUGGUCACAUGUAGUGUUUGACACAGCAAUCCAUGAGUGUCUGGAGUCCUACAUAACCAGUGGUCCAAGAUGGUAUGAUGACGACACAUUGGAUCACUAUUCACAACCAAUCGUAGAAAGUAUACACAAGCUGGUGUUCCUGAUAUAUGUACGAAUGGCUACCUUUAAGGAAUCUAAGACCUGUCACAUAACCCCUUCUGCAUUUGGUGAUAUUAUUUAUGAUAAUUUCCUUUUUGAUAUAUGCAAAUUACUUGACAUCUGUGUUCUGUAUGGACCGAACAAUUAUGCAUUGAUUGGUAAAAUGAUCUCGAACAUCUUUGCAAAUCAGCCCAAAUAUUAUGAUGAUCUUGAGCAAAUUAUGUCUUCCAUGAAUAUGGCUUUAGAAAAUAUUGAAGAGAAAUUGAAUGUUGCAGAGAAUUAUAUACCUGUUGCCCUAGGUAGUUCCGAAGGAGAGCUGUCGUUAGCAGAUUUGCACGAUUUAACCUUAUACCUAUUAGACACAUUCUACUCUCUGCAAAUGCUCCUUUCUCUUCACCCACCAGCAGCAAGAGUUUUCCAUAAAGCCUCAUUUGAAUUAAGGUUAUCAGCUUGUUACGAAAGAGUCAUUCCGUCUCUAGUGGAGAACCUGAGUGAUUGGUCUCAAGAACCAGAUCAUGCGCUAUGGGCAACCAAGCUCAUUCAAAAGGUCCAGAUAGCCAGGGCAUCCAUGCUCGCAACCUUUAGAUAUAUUUUGCACAACAAGUGUAUAGCUCCUCUGAACACAAGUGAUAAACCGGUGUCAAUUACAGUCGAAGAAUGCAUUGAGAAAUUUGUUCAGGUCAUGUCAACUUGUGUGGAGGAGAGAGUUUUCAUUUCUGACUACUGCUCAUUGUAUCCCUUGAGCAAAGAAACUGAAUUCUACCAGCAACAUGGAGGUGACAUCACAAAUCUUAGCUUUAUUACUGAUGCAGUGCAGUCAGUUCUCUUAGAGAUGGGAUUAUCAAAUGACUUGAAGGAACUAUCACUACAAGAGGGAGUUGAGAAUUCAAUUGAUGUAAGUGGCAUGAAUGGAUAUGCAGAUGUUGGUUCAUCAUUGCCAACAGACAUAGAAAUGGCUUCCUUGGUGUCGAGUGUUCAGGAUCUUCUUCCGGAUUUAGGAGCAGGAUUCAUCCAGGAAUGUCUGAAGUACUACGGUUAUUCAUCGGAAGAAGUUAUCAAUGCACUCUUAGAAGGCAACCUACCUCCAUCUCUGAUCACUUUAGAUCGCAAUAUGCCUGCAACUGAACCACCUCCUGUGGAACCACCUGUAGAAGAAAAGAGUGAAGCAAAGACUGUACGUCAGGUAGACUACAUGGACAGGGCCAAUGUCUAUGACAAUGAUGAAUUUGAUGUUUUCAAUAAAAAAGAAGUUGAUAGGUCAAAAAUUCAUAAAGGCAAGAAGUCUGAUAGGCAUCAGAAAGAAAGCAUGGACAAAGCAAGCAUAGACAAGGUGAAGGAGAUAGCAAGAAUGUAUGAUGAGAGAGGAGGAAGAAGCAUAUAUGAAGAUGAGCUGGUGGUUGACGAAGAUGGAGAGGAGGGCUACAGUAUGUGGAAUUAUGACGAUGAAUAUGAUGACACCUACGAUGAUAAUGAGACCAGAAACAUUGAUGACUUUGAAAUUGAUAAGAAAAUAAAGAAACGUCCUGGUAUUAUUGGAGCUGGUGCACUGAAUAACCGCUUCCAAUAUGAUGACGAUUCAGAUGAAGAGGAAAUGGAAGAGGAGACUCAGACUCAGCAGGAGGCUCCAGCGACUCAGGCUCCAAAGCAAGGAUACCCCGGUGGUGCAAGGCCAAAGAACAAAGGCAGCACAAGAGGCGUGCAAAGGCUUCAGCCCAACAAUAAAUCAAGUAAGCCGAAAGGAAAGACACCCACCCCAGAAAGGGAACAGGAGGAAGAACCAAAUAGACGGGAGUCAGAAAUGAAUAAAACUAGCAGAAGCUCGGGUGUUAAUUUUAUACCUUUUUGCGAGAAUCCAGAGGAUAUAAGGAAGCGGAGAGAACAACAUAGGCUGAAUAACAUGGCAAACAAAGGACAUAGAGGCAGAGGAGGAAGACCAGGAAGAGAUACAGAAACUCAAAAUGGUUUUGAUGGAGAGAGGAGACCUAAGGUGUCCACCAGCUCAAACAAGAAUAGUGGUAAAAGCUGGCGUUCUGGAGAAUGGAAUGAAGAUGACAACAAAAGACCUGGAGGCAAAUACAAAGAAGAUACAAAUCAUGGAAAGAUGCAGAGCAGGGACUAUCGCCACAAGAUGAUCCAUAAGAACGAGCACAAGCGGCAAGGAGCACAAGCCAAAUUCAACAGAAAUAACUAAGUCUUUGAAAUAUAAAGAAUUUAACUUAGUUCCAAGGUCUUAAGUUAUCAGGAAUCUAUGUAUGGUAUAUGUCAACUGAAAAGUGCUAUCACUAGUAUAUAGAAGAUCUAUAUAAUUGGUCAUAUCAACAGCUUUAACUUUUCAGAGCAGUAUAGGUACCCAUAACUUGAAUUAUUGUAUGUUGGAAGAAUUUGGAGUGCAAUUCUAUAGAAGUGAAAAGUGAAGAAAAAAUAUUUUUGUGAUAUUCAAAUAUAAAUUAACUUGUUAAACACUGUUUUGGGUUAUUAGUAAAUUGUUGAGACUACAGCUAACAUAGUUUACUUGCUGUUUGUGAUAUAAUUAAAAUUUAAGCAGGUACCUAUAAAUCUUUAUAUCAUCAGCUACUGGAGUUAUUGAUUACAAAAUGUAAUGAAUAGUAACUUUUAUAUUAUUUUAUUUUAUGAUAUGCAAAUAUAAGUGGAUUUGUUAACA